AUGCCAAGUCAAACGCCAAGGCAAAUAUUCCAGCAAAUUCCGCAAUCACCACAAUUGGUAGAAGCACAACGUAUACAAUUUGCCAGACAAUGGGAAUUACAACAGACAACCCAAGGCCAACCUUUAGGAAGUCACCUACUUCAACAACAUUCAGCAACUAAUCUUCCAGCCGUGAGAAUUCCACCACCCUCGAUAAAUUCAUUUCUCCCACAACCAAGAAAUGGAACGUUCGAACUUCACUUCCUUCAUUACUGUCCUCCUGCUGUACGAGUUUGCUUCGGUUGCGGCCAAACGCUGAAACCUGAUAACCGUGUUCCUAAUCCACCUUAUGAUAUGACAAUCGUGUCCAGGAUGCUUCGCCCUUUCAAUCAUCCAGUAUCUGGGGAGAAGGUCAGCAAGGAAGGGAAUGUAUAUUUUCAUGUCAAUUUAGAGUGCAUCCGCACGAAACAGCCCUUUUUUAAUCCUAACAACGUGAAGGUAGCCAACUGGUUAGCACCACAGCUAACCAUGGAACAUAUUUCAUUCUUGCGAGAAUUUGGUAUGCACAUCUAG